AUGUCGUCUGCCAAGAGAAACCGAACUUGUUGCGUCUGCAACAAGUUGUUUUGCUGCGCUCAGUGUUGCGAACGUCACGAGAAGAAGAAACAUUCGAACCGGCAAUUGAGCUGUCCGCUUUGCACGUCCCAGAAACUUCCGUUGCGACUGCUCGAGGAUAAAUUGUUACUUUGUCACGUAGCGAUUGCUCAUCUUCCUCUCUAUUGUUGUUUGUGCGGUGAAAUUUUCAAGCAGAGCAAGGAUUUGGAAUCAUUCGGCACGUGCAAGUGGUGGAAGUCUCGGUAUCGUUGUUCGUUGUUCGUCGACAAAAAGCCCGCACUGGGAAUAGAAUCGUCUAUAACUAACUUGGACUCAUUGACUUCGCCUCCGGAGCUCUAUAGAAACACGAGUACGCCCAUGGUCAUCGGUCAAAAGAGCAAUUUCGACUUAAAAACUCCAAACGUUCCGAACUUUUCUUUCAAGACACCGAUGGCCAAUUCCGCGUCAUUGGACAUACAAACUCGUAACGAUUUUAAAGAUAAUUCAGAGAGCAACUACAUAAGCUUCGCUACAUUCGCGACUCCCGAGGAGACACCGUUUCGUUCGAGUUCGAGUUCGAGUCACGGGAACAAGGACAGUCUUCAUAAAAGCAACUCCAGAAAGUUGGAUACCAUGGAGGAGCAGGAAAUAAUUCAUUCAACCGAUCGUCGCGUCGACAACAAUGACGUCCAGGACAUGGAAUUGACCGGUAUCGAAGGUGAGAUGUUACCUGACUCCCAGAGUUUAGAAAUGUGUGUUCAAACGGAGAAACGCUCGGAUUCGUUGAAAAAAGUACGAUUUUCCGACGAGUAUGAGACUGUACCAGGACCUAGCACCAGGACCAGCAACGCUUUUAAUGCUACGGAGAACACCGAGGAAUACUUUGAAGUAUGCGAUACGUUGUCAGAAAUGAACGAAUCCCUGGAGAAUUCGCGGAUUAAGAUUUACGAAGAGAACGUGAAAAAUACGGAAAAAGAAAAUUGCAGUCCACAAUCAUCGGCCGAUUCUACCCGUGUAGUGAUGAUGGUGGUUAUAGAGAACAACUCUACCUUUUCCACUUCUGACUUGAUAGAUUCCGGUUUAAGAAAGUUGGAUCGUAUCGCUUCCGAAGCCAAUAUCUCGACCAAGAGCCACAGUUCUCCUGGUUGUAGCAGCUCGAUAACGACCGUGGAUAGUAAUUACACUGUAUCGAGUCCUGACUGCUACUCGAUCCCAAAUCAAGGGAACAAUUCUGCCCAGAGAAAUUCAAACUUAUCGUCAAACGUUAGCGAGAGUAGCGGCUCCAGUAGACUUUUCUCGAUGGUCGCCAGUGUAGUGAGAACCGUCAUGAAGAAUCUGUCUGGAACAAGAACUACCAGAAACGUCGAGAGGGAACAAGUUUCUCAAAGAGAAGAUAUCGUUACAAGAUCCUCGACCCCCGAAACAUUGAACCCGAUGUUGAACUUGGUAUCGUCUCAAUUACGAAGACCAGCGAAACGACCAAGAGAUACUUUAGAGAGUGCACCCUCGCCGCAGAGGCAAAUGGAAUUUCAUGUUCCUCAAGCCGAGUUUAGAAGUCCGGCUGCAAAGCGACACCACGGAUGGUACAGAAUCAAGGCACGAGAACCGAUUAUGAGGAUGCGAAACAGUCAAUUUACAUCUCCGAGGGGUGUGUCUUCCGAGACUCAAAUCUUUCGUCAGGGUUCGUUGUCUGUCGGUGACACCGUUCUCCCUCUUCCCUCUAGGGCACAUCAAUCCACGCAAACCGAAUGAUAUUAAUAUUAUACAUACAGAUGUAUAGUAUAGGACCUUUGGUUGUUCGCUUCGUAUCUUUAACAAACAAAUCAAAGGAACUCGACUUGUACAAUGUUGAAUUUAGAUUUUUAUAGUAAUUU